GCUAAACUGACACUCCUGGGAAUCAUGGUCAUAUUAAGAAAUUGGCUGAUGGUGGGCUUCAUCUCGCAAGUCGGACUCUGAUAGCCUCUGCGAGGCCUCAUAUCAUGGCUCCUCCACAGCCGACCUACUCCUCAUUUACAUACACGCAACUAACCUCCGAUGUCUAUGCUACGCCGCUGUCAACUUCCGUAUCCUUUCCAACGCCAUUUGCGCCACCGUUCAGCAAGGCAUCCACUCUGUUGCCUAGCGGCGUUACCUAUACUACAUACUCAUACGACCCUUCAGCCACCAUCACACCAGACGGUCAGUAUGGUCAAAGUGCCUACGCUGCUUUAUGGAAGGGCUAUUCGUUUUCCGCUAUUCCUGUUGCGAAAGCAGAGCUUGCCCUACCUCCUGCGCUGUACAAUGCGCCUCCCGAUACAAGUCUGAAACUACCGGCAGAUUUUCUCUGGGGCGUUUCUAGCAGCUCUUGGCAGAUUGAAGGUGCUCUUCAGCUGGAAGGCCGCGGCCCUAGUGUCCUAGAUAGUAUUGGAUAUGCGUUGGCCCCGGAGACCGCUGAUAGGAGCGAUGCAAAUGUAGCGAAUAUGCACUAUUUCAUGUACGAGCAAGAUAUCGCGAGACUGGCAGCCGCUGGGAUCCCACACUACUCGUUCUCGCUGUCAUGGUCGCGGAUAGUUCCAUUUGGCGUCGCCGGUUCGCCUAUCAACAGUCAAGGCCUAGACCAUUAUGACCAUCUCAUCAAUACAUGCCUCACAUAUGGCGUGACACCGAUCAUCACUCUAAACCAUGUUGAUGCACCUACUGCAGUCCAAGCAGACUUAAAGUCCUUGCCCGAGCACUUCCUCUACUAUGCCAAAAUAGUUACGACCCGGUACGCGGACCCAGUCCCUUACUGGGUCACCUUCAACGAACCAAACAUAGGCUACAAGUAUACGUUAGGCGGAAAAGGCCAAAUCACACUCAAAUUCGCCAACAAUUUAGCCAUGCCCCUGGACACACAAAACAUCUCACACAUCGCCGCAGCCUUCCGAUACCAGGACAUCCUACUAGGAAUCAUGUCAAACCCUCUAUUCCUAGGGAAGCAGUACCCGGAUGCAGCUAUAAAUACGCCAGGUGUAAUCGAACCUCUAACAAAUGACCAGCUCAAGCACAUCCACGACAAAAUCGACUUCUGGUCCUUUGACCCGUACACCGCACAGUACUCCUCUCCCUUACCGCAAGGAACAGAAGCUUGCGCCUCUAACUCCUCCGAUCCCCUCUGGCCCACUUGCGUAACUCUAAGCAACAACACGUUCCGGCCAUUUGGGAUUUUGAUCGCGGAGUACGGGUUCAACACAUUUCUUGAGUCAAAUCGGACCCUCGAUGCGCAGCGGUAUAAUUUGGAGCGUACGCUUUACUAUCAGGACUUUCUCACAGAGACUUUGAAGGCUAUCCAUGAGGAUGGCAUUAAUGUCAUUUGGGCUUUGGCGUGGAGUUUGGCGGAUAACAAUGAGUUUGGUAGCUACGAGGAACAAUAUGGGCUGCAGAUUGUGAACCGGCCGGAUGGAAAGUUUACAAGGACGUAUAAGCGGAGCCUGUUUGACUAUGUUGAUUUUUUCCGUAGACAUUUGCAGUCUCCGUGA